AGUAGUUUAUAGGUCAAUACGCAAACAAUAAGAAUAUAUAAUAUUCAAAAAGACUUUCCAUAUUAUACACUUUUAAGAAAAUUUAGGUUGAAAUCUUUGGGAAGAACGGGGACUGGGCUGCUCAGGUGUGUCCUACCUGCUCCUUCAGAUCUUGUGAAAUAAUCCUGGAGAGAAAAGUAGAUUUACCUGUAGCCCGGGUUCUGGCAGCUCUCUUUCACUCGCUCUCGGUCUUCUGUUACCUGCACCGACUUGAAAGUCCAGUUUCACAAGGAAGAACCGCGAAGGAAGAGAAAUAUGUCACAGGAGACAGACAGUAAGAGGCUGGUGGUAGUGGUGCCCAAUGAGCCAUCCUUCCACCCACGUCGGGCCUACACCAGUGAGGAUGAGGCAUGGAGGUCUUACUUGGAAAACCCUCUCACUGCAGCCACAAAGGCCAUGAUGAGCAUCAAUGGAGAUGAAGACAGUGCUGCUGCUCUAGGGCUCCUCUAUGAGUACUACAAGGUACCCAAAGACAAGAGAGUAUUACCCGUCAGCAAAAGUGUUGAAAUUUCAGAGGAACAGGAAAAGAGACACACAGUAGUAGGAAACAGCAGUCAGACGGAGCCAGAGACAGUUGAUAACCACGUGCAGGUCCUGAAAUCAGUGCCAGUUAAUCUGACAGUCAACAAUGAUCACCAGGAAACCAAACAGGAGCAGUACAGCGUGGGGUUGGUGGAGAGUGGGGGCGUUGCAGUGGUAAAAGCUGAGGUGUACUCCACCAGCUACAUGGGUUCUGGGGUUCACUUCAGGACCGAGGGUGAGGAACAAACGCGGGUCAUUUAUGAACAGGCCCACUCGUUCGACACCUCUGCAGUUUGUCAUAGUGGAUAUGGGAAGGAUGACCAUCGCAGUAGUCCAGAUAGCACAUAUGAAGAAGAAAGCAAUGAGAAGUACCGCUCUUCAUCUCUUGGAGCUGAUGACUUCAUAUAUAACCAGUCAGAUGUAGACACCUUCCAGUACACACUAGAGGCCACCAGGUCUUUGCGGCAGAAACAGGGUGAGGGGCCUAUGACCUACCUAAACAAGGGCCAGUUCUACGCCAUUACACUGAAUGAGACAAGUGCCAAUAAACGCCUCCGGCAUCCCAUCAGCAAAGUGAGGAGUGUCAUCAUGGUUGUGUUCAGUGAAGAUAAAAACCGUGACGAGCAGCUCAAGUACUGGAAGUAUUGGCACUCUCGCCAGCACACGGCCAAGCAGAGGGUUCUGGACAUUGCUGACUACAAAGAAAGCUUCAACACAAUUGGGAAUAUUGAAGAAAUUGCCUACAAUGCUGUUUCCUUUACCUGGGACGUGAACGAGGAGGCCAAGAUCUUCAUCACUGUGAACUGUCUGAGCACAGAUUUCUCCUCUCAGAAGGGAGUGAAGGGUCUUCCACUCAUGAUUCAGAUCGACACCUACAGCUACAACAACCGCAGUAACAAACCCCUACACAGAGCCUAUUGUCAGAUCAAGGUCUUCUGCGAUAAGGGAGCGGAGAGGAAGAUCAGAGAUGAAGAGAGGAAACAAAACCGCAAAAAGACAAAAGGAAAAGAAGGAGGUGUUGGGGCAGUUUCUCUCCCGAAAAAGUGUGACGCUACAUUUAAAACAAUGACUGAUUUGGAUGCCCAACCGGUUCUGUUUAUCCCUGAUGUGCACUUUGGGAACUUACAGAGGGCAGGCCAGGUAUUUGCAUUUAAUACAGAGGAAAUUGAGCGAGAGGGAAGUGUGCUGGUGAAGAGGAUGUUCCGCUCAUCUGAGGAAGAUUUCUGCCCACCCCCUCACAAACAGAUGAGAGAGGACACACAGAAGAGAGGUCAAUUUCUCCUUUACGUGAGGAAGGAGUCAGAUGAGGUGUUUGAUGCGCUGAUGCUGCGAAUGCCUACUCUCAGAGGACUGAUGGAUGCAAUUUCUGAGAAAUAUGGCGUGCCCAUCGAAAAGAUGGCCAAGAUUUACAAGAAGAGCAAGAAAGGGAUCCUGGUAAACAUGGAUGAUAAUAUCAUCGAGCACUACUCUAAUGAGGACACAUUUAUCCUGAGUAUCGAGAACUUCGCAGAUGCAUACAAAAUAACACUAAUGGAAAUAUAAACAGUAUGAAGCUAAAAGACUUGUUACUUGGACUCCAGCCAACAGUCUGGUCCGAUUCAUCACUGGCUGUUCACAAAUCGAAAUCAAAAGGCCAAACGUUGACAUACCUCAUUUUUAAAACCUCAUACAUGACUGUUAAAUGGUCAAUAAGUUUCAGUUUGUCCAAAAAGUUCCAUUGCUGCAUUCAUCUUUCCCUCAAUCCUGACUAGUCUCCCAGUUCCUGUCGCUGAAAAACAUCCCCACAGCAUGAUGCUGCCACCACCAUGCUUCACUGUAGGGAUGGUAUUGGCCAGGUGAGGAGCGGUGCCUGGUUUCCUCCAGACAUGACGCUUGCUAUUCAGGCCAAAGAGUUCAAUCUUUGUUUCAUCAGACCAGAGAAUUUUGUUUCUCAUGGUCUGAGAGUCCUUCAGGUGCCUUUUGGCAAAGUUCUCCAAUGAGCAAUAUGGUCCAGAUGUUGGAAGUUAUUUUCCAGUAUUGUGCUGUUGAUGGAAAUUAUUGCUAGUUGUAACUAAGUGGUAACUCAUUUUGACUCAUUUUGACUUUUAAGGAUAAAAGUGAAUGCUAAUUCACAUUUCAGUUAAUUUCUGAACUGUACCGUCCAUAGGAUUUCACCAGAGGAGAUGAAAAAUAACAUACAAAUAUCAUUGCAAUAAUGUGUAUUGUAGAUAUGGCUAGUGUUUUCCAUUGAAAUUAAAAUGCUGAAAUAGAUUUGCUUGCAGCACAAAUAUGAAUUUGAGGAUUUGUUACCUCCAGAGCUUGAUCUGUGAAAAGUGUCCAAUACUGUAAAUGUGUUUUUCUUAUUUGUUUAUUAUUAUUAUCAUUAAUAUUAUUGUUAUUUUUAACUUGGUAGAUAUCCUUUAGGUUUUAACGGUCUGAAUAUUCAUAUACUCUGAUGUACAAAGAAAGCUAUUUUUAUGAGACUUUGAUGUGUGCCAUUUCAAGUUUUUUUUUUUUAAAAGUGCAAAGGAGGAAAUAUGUAUGAAUAAUGUUGAACUGUCCUCGAUAUCAGAAAAGACAUAAAAUGACACUGCCACAAUACAGUCGGUGUAGCUCAGAUCCAUUUCAGCCAUGUUGUGUGUAUUGCACUCAUAUUCUUAAUGUGAAAUAUUCUUUUUAAAGAUCCAUUGGUUUCAAAUGUAAGUGCAGUUUGUGAUUUCACAAAUUUCACAUCACCAGCCAAGGUCAUUCCCUUUUGCAACAAGGAGUGAGGGCCUCUCACACGCACAGUCAUUUAACUAAUAACUAUGCAGUCUUUCAACCCAGUUCAUUUCUAGUUUAUAUGUCUAGUAUAACAGGUGAUAGGGUAACACUUUAUGGUUCCAUUCGUAACCAUUAGUUAAUUCAUUGGGUAUCAUAUAAAAUCUAUUUUUACAGCAUUUAUUAAUCUUUGUUUAUGUUAAUUAAUAAAUAUGCAAUUGUUCAUUGUUAGUUCAUGUUAGUUUAUAGUGCAUAAUGUUAACAAUAUAGUAAUACAUUUUUAAAAGUUUGAAAUUAACAUUAACCAAGAUGAAUAAAUGCUAUAAAAGUAUUGUUCAUUGUUAGUUCAUGUUAACUAAUGUAGAUAACAAAUGGACGUUUAUUGUGUAUAGUGUUACCAGUGGUUGUUAAUAUUGUCAAGCAAAGUUACUGUUUGUGUUAUUAAUAUUUGUCUUUCAUGAGAAAAUAUGUAAAGGGCACUUCGGAAAAGAAAAUGUAAUUUGUAUGUAAUUAAAGUUUGCAUUUUUAUCAUGUAAAAGUCUCCAUACAUUUGUUUUGUUUGGUGGUGACCAGUGGGGAGUAGUUAACUAAAAGUAGCAAUGCUACUACCACCUAAACUAC